AUGAGCAUUGCCCAAGAAAAUAAAUAUGAUAUUAAUCAAGAUCUUCCUGAUAAUGAUGACUCCGCCUCAUAUAACCAAAGUAAAGAAGAAUUACAAAAUAUAUUUUCUUAUGGAUUAAGUUCUACAAA